AUGGGCUUCCCCACUUGUCUCGCCUUCAUCUUCAACUUGGUCGUGCUUCUGGUGUCUGGCCAGGACUAUGACUUUGGCGUCGACGUCAUCUCCCUCACUCGUCGACAGGAUCCCACCGCGCCCAUCGUCGUCAGCCGCCUGCCAUCGGCCUCCAACGGGAGCACGCCUCUGAGACUCGAGAUCCGCGACGUCAAGGCAGACAAAUACCGGUGGGAUCUGUACAUUCUGGCGCUGAGUAUGUUUCAGUCAGUCAGUCAGGACGAUCCCCUGUCGUAUUACCAGGUUGCCGGGAUACACGGUGUGCCCUUUGUGACAUGGAACGGGGUUGGACCAGCGGCGGGAGCGAGCCAGUCAGGUUACUGUCCGCAUAGUUCAGUCUUGUUUCCAACGUGGCACCGUCCAUAUCUGGCCUUGUACGAGCAAGAGCUGCACAAGCUUGCCGGUGCCAUUGCCGACAUGUUUGCCAAUGCCACUGAACGCUCCCUCUACAAGCAGGCCGCCUCGGAUUUCCGUAUACCAUACUGGGACUGGGCGUCGCCUGCACCUGAAGGCCAGAGCCACUUCCCAGACGUCUUCUGGAACUCGACCAUGAUUCAGUACGGCCCCAAUGGCGUCCAGGUGAUUCGUAACCCGCUUUACUCUUACUCGUUCCAUCCGCUGGAUGGAGAUGCACUCAUCUGGCCACCAUUGCGAAGCUGGAAUGAGACGAAACGGGCUCCAAAUACCGAAAUCAGUCAAGUCGAGCCGCCUUCGAUGAAUGACCAAGUGAACGCGGCCUUGCUUGCCAGGUUGCCCGAGAUACAGCAGCGACUGUACAUACUCUUCUCUAGUUAUCAUGAGUUUGACUCGUUUAGCAACAAGAACUAUGCCUCUUCGCAGAAUCUCAGCCAUCUGGACUCCAUCGAGGCCAUCCACGACAUCAUUCACAUCUAUGGCGGAUCUAGGGGCCAUAUGACCUACGUUCCUCUGUCAUCGUUCGAUCCGCUCUUCUUCCUGCACCACGCCAUGACAGACAGGUUGAUAUCAAUGUGGCAACUUCUCAAUCCCUCGGCAUGGAUGACUCCGCAAAUUUCAGGAGAGACCACCUAUACCUCACUGAAAGGCACCAUGCAAAACUCUAGCACUCCGCUUAAGCCAUUCAUGUCCUCAGCAGACGGCUCUUUCUGGGACUCUGACAUGUCUAGGACCACGGAAGUGUUUGGCUACGCAUAUGGAGACACCUCAUAUCGGCCUGGCGACUCUGAGAGCCCGCGGAACAAGCUGAUUCGCAAGAUCAACAGAUGGCUUGGCCAAAGCAGCCCGGCCAUGGUUCGAAUCAAGAGCCAAGCUCAGCACCGGCGGCCUAACACAACUGAUGUUGCGGACAACCACUAUACAGAGUGGAUUGCAAAUGUACAUGUCAACCACGGGGCUUUGGAUGGGUCGUUUAGCAUCUACUUCUUCGCCGGCAAGCCGCCAGACGACGUCGGCACCUGGGCAUUUGCUCCGAAUCUCAUGGGAUCGGUGGGCAUCUUCACCAUGAGCGGCAUGGGUGGCCAUGACUCAAAAAUAUCGGGAACCGUGCCGUUAACCAUGGCUUUGAUGAGACUGGUUGACCUGGGAGCUGUCCGAAAUGUCGAGCCGAGUUCGGUAGUGGCAUUUCUGCAGAGCAGGCUACACUUUCGCAUUGCUAGCAUCGAUAACGAAGAAGUCGACCCAAGUCUCGUCGCCGGGCUCUUUAUUGGCAUCAGCAGCGCCAGGGUAAAGCUGCCCAGCAGUGAGCUCGAAUUCCCGGAAUGGGGCCAGCCCAUGCUUAGGUUGGCAUUGUGGGAGUAG